GGCCCGGCCCCGCGGGGAGGACCGAGGGAGCCGCCCCGCUCCGGUAGAGGCAGCGCCGGGGCCGUCCCCCUUUCCCUCCAUGCCUGGGGCGGGGAGGAGGAGCCGCCGGCUCUGCGGGGUGGUGGCUGCCCCGCUCCCCGCCGGCUGAGGCGAAGCCCCCGCUGGCUGGGCAGCCCCGGCGGCGGUGGGCGGCGGGUCCCGGGAGCUGCCCUGCCCUGCCCUGCCCUGCCCUGCCCUGCCCUGCCCUCCAUGAGGCGCGGGCAGCGGUUUCUCCGUUCGCCGCCGCCGCGUCGGUCGUGUCUGUGGGCGGGCUGGCGGCUGCGGGGAACCCGCCAUGGGGCGCCGGGCCCGCUGAGGCGCUGGCGGAGCCGCCGGGCGGCCUGAUGGAGGAGCGGGAAGGCGAGGUGCGCUGGGACGGGCUGUGCAGCCGCGACGCGGCCACCCGAGCCGCCGCUUUGGAUCACAUCCGACAAGCCGUGCUCCGCCGAGGCGAAACCGUCGCUCCCGUGCCGCCGGUACCGCCCAGCCGGGCCGCCGACGGGCUCCUGGUUCCCGCCGCCCGGGAUGGGCUGAGCGAGGUGCUGGCCCGGCUGCUGAUGCUCUCCAAGCGCUGCCCUUUCCCCGACGUGAGGGAGAAGAGCGAGGCGAUCCUCGGCGGGGUGCAGGAACUUGGAAUAAGAAUUCCUAGACCACUGGGACACGGACCAAGCAGAUUCAUCCCCGAGAAGGAGACGGUUCGGGUGGGACACGAGGACGCCGUGAUGCACGCGCUGUUUGCAGAGUCCUUUGCUACCCUGGGCAGACUGGACAAUGUCACCCUGGUGAUGGUUUUCCACCCACAGUAUCUGGAAAGCUUUCUGAAGACUCAGCACUAUCUCCUGCAAAUGGAUGGUCCUCUGCCCCUUCAUUACCGACACUACAUCGGGAUCAUGGCUGCAGCACGACACCAGUGCUCUUACCUUGUUAACCUCCAUGUGAAUGAUUUCCUCCAUGUUGGUGGAGACCCCAAAUGGUUGAAUGGUCUGGAAAAUGCACCUCAAAAACUGCAAAAUCUAGGAGAACUGAACAAAAUACUGGCUCACAGACCCUGGCUUAUCACCAAGGAACAUAUCGAGCAACUUUUGAAGACUGAAGAGAACAGCUGGUCCCUGGCAGAGCUGAUCCAUGCAGUUGUUCUCCUCACACACUACCACUCCCUGGCUUCCUUCACCUUUGGUUGUGGAAUCAGCCCAGAGAUUGACUGUGAAGGGGGUCACACCUUCAGGCCCCCCUCUGUCAGCAACUAUUGCAUAUGUGAUAUUACAAAUGGUUACCAUGGGGUGGAUGAAAUUCAUGCCAGCCCAACUGGGAGUAUUCCAUCUGCAGAGUCUGUCUGUGAAGUUGAAGCUCUUAUGGAGAAAAUGAAGCAGCUACAGGAGUGCAGAGAUGAAGAGGAAGCCAGCCAGGAGGAGAUGGCCACACGUUUUGAAAGAGAGAAGAGGGAAAGCAUGUUCGUGUGCUCCUCAGAAGAUGAAGACUCAGCCCCAGCGAGGGACGUGUCCCGUCACUUUGAGGACACCAGCUAUGGUUACAAAGACUUCUCCAGGCAUGGGAUGCACGUGCCCACCUUCCGUGUUCAGGAUUAUUCCUGGGAAGACCAUGGCUACUCCUUGGUGAAUCGACUUUACCCAGAUGUAGGACAACUACUUGAUGAGAAGUUUCAUAUUGCUUAUAAUCUGACCUACAACACCAUGGCCAUGCACAAAGAUGUGGAUACCUCAAUGCUAAGACGAGCUAUUUGGAAUUAUAUUCACUGUAUGUUUGGAAUAAGAUAUGAUGAUUAUGACUAUGGUGAAAUUAACCAGUUGUUGGACCGCAGCUUUAAAGUUUAUAUCAAGACUGUGGUUUGCACUCCUGAAAAGACCACAAAAAGAAUGUAUGAUGGCUUCUGGAGGCAGUUUGAACACUCUGAGAAGGUCCAUGUAAAUUUGCUUCUGGUGGAAGCUCGGAUGCAAGCCGAACUACUUUAUGCUCUGAGAGCUAUUACUCGCUACAUGACCUGAUGCCUCCACUGCCUGUCCUCAGUGGAACGUUGUGCAGCUGCAGGGUGGCAGAGGAAGACACGAAGCCUCAGGACCAACAGUAGCUAUAAGUUAAGAUGCCCAUUGUGCCAUAACUCCUUUAGUUUCAGCUAUUUCCACGUUUGGAAUAUCGCUGCUGCCACUCGGCAGUGAACGCUUGGCAGGUGAGAAGAGGGUUGAGCAGAAGAGCUGCCUGCUGGUGGGACUUUGGCUUUAGGACAGCACGGGACCCUGAACUUCUGGCAAUACAGCAAAUGGUAGAUACAUAGAUCUUGUGUUAAGGCAAAUCCUAUGGGAGCUGGAGCACAGAAAGAAGUGGGACUUGAUGACAUUUGCUUUCCCGACCAGAAUAAUUUUAGACAAUCUUGAUGCUGCUAUUUGUGCUGGGGGAGGGAACAGACACAGGCUGUUCCAGUGAAGCUAAAAGUGAAAGCAAAGCACUGCUACUGUCUGAGCCUUUAUCGUGUGUGGUUUCAACACGGCCUUGUUAUUUAGAUUUUUAAUCAGAACUAAACCUCUUCAGUCCACACUGAUCACCUGAAGAACAGCAGCCAGUUCCCUCCAGCAGCUGAGCCUUAAAACGUGACAGGAGGUUUCUUCAGCAUGACUGGGUGAGCUCCAAAGUGCAAAGGUCUUCCUGUGGGAAGGAGGGGACUCCAAGUCCUCAGAGCUUCUUAGAGGUCUGUGUGAAGUGCUGAGUAGCUUCUUCUCCUGCUUUUUCAAGGUUGAACCUGUCCAGGAGCUGGGACAAGGUGUGGGAAUGUUGUUCUAGACUGCCAAACAGUCCUACUGUAUCACGUGCCCAAGCUGGUCUUACUGAUUUAUUACUUUUUUUUUUUGCAGUUGCUUAAAUAACUAGGCUAAAAAACAAACAAACACACCAUCUAUUUUUAGUAAAUCAAAACAUGAUUAAAAUGCUGACAUUUAAUAGACAGUGGUUUUGGAGAACACAUGAAUACUUUUUGUAUGAGUGUGACAUGCUUUUUAAAUUUGUCAGUAUUAUUGGUAUUUUUUAAAUAAAGGUAACAACUUUUUCUCUGG